UUGUUUUGAAGGAGGCUUUGAUGACCCUUGGUCCAUGAGAUUCCAAUCCUAUAAGUGCAUUUCGUACUUCUUUGGAUGGCAUCAAUGCAACUCCUUGUGUAUAUGGAGCAUUUUCUUCUUGAUGGCUGGAGUAUAACCGAAGCUCCUCUGAAACUAGUGUUUGCUGUCCAACCUGCAUCCAAUGUGUUUCACUGAUUCCGAGCACUUCCAGGUUGCAUCGGCUAAUUUCUGCAGCAAUUUGGAAGACUCUACCGGUCUCCCACAUUGUACGAACAUUCCGUGGACCUAUCCAUAUUUUAAAAGCUUAGUUGUGUGUGCCAUGAUCCUAGUUUGUAGUUUGAUUUUGCUUAAUUGAUUGUUCCCUUUCUUUGUUCCUACCCCUAAGUUUACAAAGUGAUUCUACUUUAAGUAGAGCAAGAACAAAGAUUGGUGCAGAAUAAUAUGAAUUCAUUUUAUUUCGUUAGGUUCUCAUCAGCUGCUUACAACCUAAAUUAUUUGAAAUUCAAAUUAUUACAGAUAUUGACAUGCAAUAAAUCUGCUAGAGUUUUUCAACGAAGCACAUCCGAAUAUCCAUUUCACUAUGGAACAUGAAAAAGAAAACAAGUUCCAUUUUCUCGAUAUCGCGAUGAAAAGAAGAAAGGAUGGUACAGUUCAACGUUCAGUUUAUAAGAAAGACACAUGGAAUGGUAGUUAUCUUAAUUUCAACAGCUUUUGUUCAAUCAGUUACAAAAAGGCACUGGUCAAAACACUGUUUCACAGAACAGAAAGAAUAUGUACUUCCGAUACACUAGAAGAGGAAGUUAUGAAUGGUAAAAAGUGUUCGAAGAAUAACGGAUACCCACUGAAAUUUAUUGAGAAAUACGGCAAAUGUGAAGAUAAAAAACCGAAAGAAAGUACAGCAAAUAGAAAGCCUAUUUUUACUCAACUUCAAUUCAAAAGUGACGAUGUCACAGGAUCAAUCAAUAUGAGACUAAAAACUGCACUGACAAGAACUUAUCCUGCAGCGAAAUUGCUUGUCCUGUCCAAAACAACAUGUUCUUUGAUGCAAUCAAAGGUCGACAGGUAUCCCUUUCAUGUUACCACCAACUGUGUAUACAAAUUUACAUGUACCUGCCAAAGCAGUUACAUUGGUAGAACAGAAAGGAGAGCCUACUUCCGAUUCAAAGAACAUAUUCCAAAAAGUUUAGGGUUAGAUGGAUUGAACGCAUUCAACAGUGCUAUCGCAAGACAUCUCCUUGAUACAGGACAUGAAGUUGAUAUACUGAAGUCCUUCAAGGUGAUUAACAAACAAUCAAACUCCAACCUUUUGAAAUUCGCUGAAGCGUUAGCAAUCAAACGUUUAAAACCAGAUCUAUGUAUACAAAAAGAGACAGUAAUAAGUCUUUCUUUACUCUGGUAACAAUAACCCCCACCCUUUCUAUUCAUUUGCUCCUAUUUAUUUAUUUAUUGCGUCAUUAUUGCAACUCUUUCUGAAAUAUAAAUUACAUCAUACAUAACUGAUUGAUUUCAAUUCAUAUUUUCUUUAUUACCAUUAAUCAAUUUUCAUGAUUUCUAAUCACUAUUUCAAUGUUUCAGAACUUUCCCUCUCUAACUUUAUUUAUUUAUUCGAAUCAAACAUUUUAUGAGCUCAUUAACUCUAUCUGAAUCAUCGCUACAUCAUGAUACACAUGUAU